AUGGUGAAGAGGACUGUGCUCAAGGUUGAUCUCUCUUGCCAAAAGUGCAAGCAGAAGCUCGUACAUGCCGUCUCGGGGCUAGAAGGCGUUGAUAAAAUCGAGGUGGAUGGUGCCAAGAGCACUCUAACAGUCACCGGUGAUGCCGACCCCAUCGAAGUGAUUGCUCGGACGAGGAAGGUGGGAAAAUCUGCUGAGGUGGUGAGCAUUGGUCCGCCCCCGCCGCCGCCGCCGCCGCCGCCCAAGCUGGUGCAGGAGAAGAAACCUGAGCAACAGCAGACGAUCAUUCACAUGCCCCCGGCAUGCCCGGCGUGCCAGCAGAUGGGAAUCGGUGAUGCCCAGCACUCGUCUUGCUCCAUCCUGUGAAAUGUGGCCAUUUGCAAGUUGACGUUUAUAUUUCAUUAUCAAGUAGUUGGAGGGAAAGUUUGAUCAUGUAUUAUUGUUCAUAUUCUGUCCCUUAUUUCUUUCCUGUAGAAACUAUUUAUGAAUUGGUCCACGAUUAAGCUUUA